AUGGAGUUUGAAACAACAAAAGUAUUUGGCGAAAGAGGUUUAGAUGCACCUUUGAAUGACGAUGACUUUAUUUCUGCAUUACAAUUUAAUCAAACAGGCAAUUUUCUUGCAACAGGCGAUGUUUCUGGUCGUGCUGUUAUAUUUAGAUACACAAAUAAAAACCAGAUAGAAUUUGUUACACAAAUGCAUGCCCACAAAUCAGAAUUUGACUAUCUCCGAUCAGUUUUGAGCGAGCCAAGAGUUUGUGCCAUCAGAUGGAUUCCAAAAACAGACUUAAAUCCUCUAUUUCUUACAACAAACAUGCACGAGACGAAAUUAUGGAAAUUAACUCAAACUCCUCGACCUACUUGGGAUAAUUUCGAUCAAAAUCAGCCAAAUAAUACUUUUCUCUUUCCAAAACUUAAAUCUUACGAGGUAAAAUACGAAGCAGUCCAGCUCAAAAAGUUCUUCGAUGUUGAAACAGAGUUCCUAGUAUCAAUAGAAGCCUUAUAUGACCAAACAUCUUUCUUGAUGGUAGAUGUUGGUUGUGUAAGACUUUGGGAUAUGAAUAGAGAUGUUCCUCCUGUAUUUACAUACAGAACUAACUCUUCUCGUGUAGAAUUAACAGCUUCUGCCGUUACAAAUCAAAUACCAUAUGCAAUUCUCAUUUCAGACGAUCAGGGAUAUAUUAAAAUGCUUGAUAUGCGUCAACAGUCUUCGAAUUUAUCCGCAGCAGCUACUAUGAACGUACAAUCUGCAGUAGAUAAAUCAACAUUUACAAAUGGAUGCCAAUACGUGUCCUCUAUCAGAUUUUUGAACGAUGGAGUACACUUCUUAUCCAGAAUAUUCGGUCACUGCAUGGUCUGGGACCUCAGAAACCCAAGUCAAGCAGAAGCCGCUAUAGAAGUUCAGUCUUUUCCAGGUAGAAUGAACUUGGUUGUCCACAAGGGAUACUGCAGAGACUAUUUCAUAUCGUCUGUGCUCCCGACUGAUGAAAUUAUCUCAGGAAAAUACGGAAAUGAGUACUGCGUUUGGGAUUGGAAGAAUAAUAAGUCGUAUGACUUCAUUGCUGGAGCGCAAAAAGUUGAUAAUAUCGACUUCUCCAGGAGAAUCGGAGUUGUUGAAGCUCAUCCACUAGAAAAUGUUGUUGCAGUCGCUUCAUCAACGGCGCUAUAUGUUCAGGCUAAGAAAUAA